UAUUGUGUUUGUUGGCAAACGCGAGUUUCGUCUUAGACGAAGAUAGUGAUGUAAACCCAGCCGGCCUGGGUCUGUUUGGAGGUUAAACCUCUAAUAUAUACCUUGGUCUGCACUGGAAUAUUGAAGACGAAUACAUAAAUUUCACAUUCAACUGCAUUGCAAGUUUGACUUGCCAUUUACACCAUUCAUAAUGAUGGACGAAACAGCAGUAACUCAUGAUUUAGAUGACAGUGUAGAAUACAACUAUGACAGCUUUGAUGAACAGAGUGAUGACCGACCAACGGAGCGGUGGGCCCCACUUGGAGCUGCUGCAACUAGUCCUGUCCCUGGGGCAGCAGCGGAGGCAGAUCACAUAGAACAACUGGAGAAACUUGAGGAGGAACAGGAACAGUUGAAUUCUUCCCUUCUUGCACUGACAACUCACUUCGCUCAGGUGCAAUUCCGACUUAAGCAAAUUGUCAGCGCUGAUGCUGAUGACAAGGAGGUUCUUCUGAAGGAGCUGGAGCAGUUUGCUUUCAAGGGAAUACCAGAUGUUAGAGGCACAGCAGUACAGGAUGCUCAAGACCUUCAUGAAAAUUUAAUGGUUAAGAGUGACAGAGAGCAUGAAAUGAAGAUAACAGAACAGAGAGAGAAACAGCAAGAACUGAUAAAACAGUUAAAAACCCAGCUGGAAGACCUCGAGACCUAUGCAUAUGAAACAGGUGAAGCAGAAUUGCCUACCAACAAGAUGAUGGAAAAACAGAAAGUUGUGAUUGAUGAGCUGAAAAACAAGCUGGACUUGGAUUUGGAUAACUAUCAAAAACUGAGUACUGAGGAGCUAAGAAUGGUGGUGGAUCGUGCUGUUGGACAGAUAGUUAAUCCUGCCAAAGUGAAGGAGAAGCUGGUGGACCAACUUAAAACACAGAUCACAGACCUGGAACGGUUUAUAGACUUCUUACAAGUUGAUUCAGGUGAAGCUAGUAGUCCAGGACCACUUGGUAAGGAGCGGUGUACAUGUCCUGUUCAUAAGGACGAGUUUGGUGAGGAAGGAUCUGACCAUGGGAAGGAUUGUUGUGUAGCUCCACACAGUGGACGCCCUUCUCUCAAAGACAGGAAGGCUGGGGCCAAGAACAUUCGUGAAACAACAGCAUUUAUGAGGAGAACUAUUACAGUACUACAAAUGUUCCUAUUAAGUCAGUUUGGCUGUGGUAGCCGAGACUUCCAAAGGAAUGUUCUCAAAAAGACUACAAAGGGCAACCACUGGGGUGACUUGAGAGCCCGACUGGAAGUUGCUAUCAGAAAGGUUGCAGACUUAGCAAAGGAGCAACAAGAUGAAAAAGACCUGAAGCAGGAGAAUCAGGAUGAGUAUGGCAGUGAUUCUGAGGAGAGUCAGGAGCAGAGUAGUCCAGCUUUAACACAGGCUGUGAGGAAAGAUCUGUCCAUGGCCAUCCGGGAUCUCAUGCAGCAUGGGCUCAUGGAGAUUGGACAAAGUACCAGUGUUGUACCAUUUGGUUGUAUCCCGAAUCGAUCAGCUGCUGUCACCAAACAGAUGCAUGCAUGGGACCUACUACUGAGGUUUUACGAAAUGAAGCAUGGAAAAGAAUACAAUGAUUCACCAUUCAGGAAGCUGUCUCAGUCAUUUCAUUUGGACAUAGUUGGUGGAAAGCCAAUUACGGCGAAACAGACCUUACUGGGAGCCAUUGAUACAGUUAUCACUUCCCACACGCCGCUAAAACGCACGGAGGACUCUCACUUUAAAGCAUUCAUAUCUCUAGCUCUCAAUGAGAGAAAACUGUCCACUUGGUUGAAGUUAUUGUUCAGGACACAGACACUUGUUGAUCAUUACUACCAGGACUGGAGCUACGUGGCUCGUACAAGCUUUGAUGAUUCCCUGAAAUCCAUGGACAGACUGAGUAAAUUCAAUUUCCAGUUACCUGUAGACUUGGCUGUCAGGCCAUUCAGCAACAUCAAGGAUGCAUUUUAGGACAAGGGACACCAGCAUUCACUUUGCUGGUAAAACUGUCCUGUGUCCACAGAUUAGAGUUCGGUAAUUGCAUGGUGCAACAAAUAGCUACAACUUAGAAAUAGUCAUUGUAUUUGACACUCAGAAUUCUCGCAUAAAUGUCAUGAUAUAUAUUUGGUCAACAGGUGAGAUAAAGGAUUAUAGCCUGGUGUCAAGAUGAGAAAUUACCUGGGCAAAAUAUAAAGGUCAUAUCACAUGUAAGUAAAAUAAAUUCAAAGAUUCAUAUAAAAAUGUAAUGUUUAGAGAAAAUCAUUUUAAUCUAUUUUAAUGAAUUUGAAAGGAACUCUGAUUUUUAUAGUCACAGGGGCCAAUGUGUUAAUUUUUAUAGUCACAGGGGCCUCUUCAUUGAGUGUCCAAUAAUAUGAUUAUGGGUGUGUCGGAUGAAACUUUAACUGAAAAUGUUUUUUGCUGCAACAUUAUUUGGCUGUGUAUAUUUAAGAGGUGAGAUUAUUGAUUGGCAUUUGUAUGCAAUAGUGCAUAUCAACUUUGAUGUCCUUAUGUUCUCAUUCUGUCUCACGCCACUUAGAUUGAUGUAUUAAGCAUACUCUUAACCUCUAUCACUUAACCUAUAAUAUUACAUACCUGUAUAAAUGGAGUACCACUCGUUGGAAAGCAACAUUAAUAUUUGAAAUUUACAACUGAGAUCAACAUUUAUAAAUAUGGCAUACAGGUUACGAGGUGUGAAUGUUCUCAGGAAAUAAAUUAUGCAGUACAAAUACAGAACUGAAAUAUUGUGUUAUUUACAUAUGAAUAAAUAAAUAAAUUGAAGUAAUAUUUGUUUAAGGUACAAUGGUAAUAUUGACUUGUUUGAAUAAGAUAAAUGGUUUCAGGUAAAUGGAUAUUUACAUAUUUUUCUUAUUAUUGAAUUGCUUGCUGACUUUCUUAUCAGGAAAAUUACUGUUUGAAUUUUGAUUUAACUUAAAACCUGCAUAUAUAUUACAUGAUUAGUUUAUUAGUUACUUGUACUUUUAAAGCAUCCAUCAUGGUUGGACAAAUUAAACUAAGAUAACAUGUGUGGUUUUAUAGAAAGCAUUGUGUUUAUAAUUAUACAUAUGUGAUAAUUUAUUCUUCAGAAUGAUUUAUCAGGCGACUGUAUUUGAGAAAAAAAAAUUGAGGGUAUUAAUUAUGAACUGCAAUCACUUUUCUCAAACCUAGCUAUUAUGUGACUUACCAGCACAUCCAUAAAUUAACAAAUAACUGUUCUGUGUGAAAUUUACUUAACAAUUCAGAGAAAUUUUUAUUAGAGAUAACAUGUACUUCAUGUGUGCAAUAUACAAGACUUAAAUUAGAUAUGAAGUUUUCUUCAAUUAAUAAAAUAUGAAUUUUAAAGAACAUAUUUAAUAAUGUAAUAAUAUAUAAUAAUAGCUAAGGGCAUCCAGUUGACCUAUGAUUUUCAAACAUGUUUUAAUCACAUUUUCUCAGAUAUUUGAGGGAUAAAACUUAUGUAAAAUAGACAUUUCCCUACAAUCCUAAGAGUCAAAUAUCAUUUUGGGGAGUCAAAAACAUAUUCACAAGGCUCUACUGGAUGUCCUGAUAGUUUUUGUUGAUGUUGUAUAUGAUGAGGAGAAAUGUAUGAAAAAGCUUGUGCAAUAUGGCAAAGUGAUGUUAAACUCACCUGACAUUCCGGAGGUUGUGUGUCAUUUUAAUUUCAAGGUUAGCAUUUACCUGAGAUGUCUGAAGAUGCUAUUAUAACAAAUUGAAAAUGUUACCCAUUGAUUUGGAAGAUGUGCCCCACUGUAGUAUGAUAGUUCACUUGGAGAAAAUGAGGGAGAAGUGAUGAAAAGUGGACGUUAUAGGAUAAUGGUAUCAAGAUACCUGAAGCAUUUAAUUGUACAUAUUUAGUCUGCCUAUUAUACAAUACUGAUGGUUAUAUGCUUGGUCUGAAAAGUGAAAAAUAUGAAAAUUACAGUGCAAGAUACAGUGAAGAGAGCAAUUGUUAUGAGUUCAAAAAUUCAAAAUGAAGAGAAUGAUGGCAUGGUUCGAAUAAUUAUUAGGAGAGAGUGAUGAUUAUUCGAACACAAAUUAUUCGGAGAGAGUGCUGGCAUGAAUCUAACACUAAAUAUUAGUAUUGUGAUUGCAUGGUUCUAACAUUAACUAUAUAUUAGGAGAGAUUGAUGCAGGUAGACUUAUUUUUGGUGGAGAAUCAGUGAAGGAUUGAGAAUAAGACUUAUGAUGGAGUGAGAGAUGGGUUUUUUUUGUUAACUAAUUACAGUGAAAGGAGGUUGAAAGAAAGGGUGCUGACAUGAAGGAAUAAUAUAAAAAAGUGACUGGUAAUAUAUGAGGUGAUUAUGAUUAUAAACAAUGCAGGUAACUGGUGCAAGCUGAAACCAAAAUGUAUUCAUCCAUUAUUAUUCAUCUUAAGCUUCUUUUCUUUAUUGUGAAUAAUAACCUUCCAGUCUAUAGGUUUGAUCUAAAAUCAAAAUGGUAUUGUACCACAAAGACAAUUUUCUCUAUCUUAAAUUUCAUUGAUGUCAAUUUUGCACUUUUGGGCUUUCAAAAAAAAAUUUCAACCUCAUUAUGCUAAUCCUUCAUUUUUGGCAAAUUGUUUAUCAAUGGAUUAGCCUUUUUUAUUUAAAAAAAUAUACGCUUCUUAAAUCUUCUAUUGCAUUGUAUUGUUGAUUUCAUCAACACUUCAUAUUUCAAAUGGCAUAAUAAAACUGGUAUGCAGUAAUCAAUAACAUUGUUAAACAACUUUUCCUUUAAAUCAUUACAAGGCUGAAAAAUCACUUUGAAAUGAUACACAAUAUUCUGUGGACUUACAAAUGUUUUGUAUAUAUAAAUUCUGAUUGUGAAAUUUGAUUUGUGUUACAAAGAGUGGUCUGCCUUAAAAUCUAUAUCUGAUUCUCAAUAUUAUAAACUCGACUAGUAUCACUGUAAUUACUUAGUUUUCCCUGGUUACUCCACUUACAUCAAACAUUAAGAUUUUGUGUGUGCUUAGAGAACCCAUUUCAUACUUGUUAAAGUAUAUACAGUUAAAUAUUUUAAAGUUGUAAUAUGAUUCCUAAUACGUUUUUGGUGUGAUACCUGUCUGAAAAGUAGAAAGACUGGCUGUGGUCUCACAGUUUAAAAAUAACGGGAUACUUUAUUUCUGGAGAAUAUUAGAGGAAGCCCAUCUUUUUCAAACAUCUGUCAUAUACAUAUAUAUUGCUGAAAAACCAUGUAAAAUACAAUUUUCAGCAUGAUUAAUUAUUUCAUGUUCAAAUGUAAAUCAUGCAUGUCAAGUCACAAACAAAUAGCAUUCCACCAGUUAACACUUUUUAUCAUUAUGCACAAUUUAUUUAAACAUUAUGCGAGUUUUCAUAUAUUUUGGAUCUACAAGUAUCUGAAUAAUGUCUAUUUUGAUAAUAUAAGAAUAUUGCAUGUACAUGGUGACUGUUCUUCACAAUGUGACUGUUGAAAUGUAUCGCAAUAAUUUAAAUAUUAUCAUACUAAAGUACUAAAUAUCAAUGUUACUGUAGCAGUGAAUGUGUCUUUGUCUGAAAGUAUAGAAUAGGGUUUCACUUGAAAGGCAAGUGAAUUAUGUUUGCUAACAUGCAAAACAUGAUUUUUAUUUUUAAUGUCUUGUUGACACAUUUUCUGCAUGCCAGUGUUUUCGUUCUGUUUAUUAUUAUUAUUAGAAAUUUAAUAUUCUGAUAAGCAGACUAGACCUUUUUUUGUAUAUUUAUACUUCAAAGUGAACUAUUUUGGAUCAUUCUACAGCUUUUAUUCAGAAGUGAACGAAGAAAUCCAAAGGAAGUCGAAUAUUUUUCAAAUCUGUUAUCUUAUUAUCUAUGUUUAUAAUACAACUUUGUUAUUUUAAGAAAUCCAUUGAUCUUAUAAAAUAGUUUCCAAAGUGGUAAUGUAAUGAAAUCCAUUGAUCAUUAUUUACAGGUAUGAAGUAAAUUUUUAAAGCAAGGGAUUUUAUGACUUUCCAGUGUUUCUGCUAAGUCUUGCUCCUGAUUUUUCAAUUGUAUAUUUGUUAAUUUCUCAUAUUUUGAAGAUAUUUUGUUAUUUAUUUCUAUAUUGUUUUUGAUUUUCUGUUAUCACUUGCUAUUUAUAAAUUUUAUAUGCUUUUGUUAUUGAUUAUUUGACCUAGUUUUGAGAUGUAGCAUUAGUCAGAUAUAUAACAAGUCUGAUACUAUAUGUUACUUUAAGAAUUACAUCGAUUUGAGGUGUCAGUAUAGUGGACUGAAGUCAUUCGUGACACAGAUGGUCAGGACCCCAAGUACCAGCUGGUACUUACAUACAGAUGCUGCAUUGUUAUUCUAGACAAAGCAUUUUUUGAGGAGAAAUUUUGUGAAUUAUCCAAUAUAUUUGCAAAAUUGAUGAAAGUUAAUUGAAUCUGCCGAGAUAAUUCAUCACUCCAUGAAAUUGACAAAAGGAAUAUUAACAAUUACGCAUUAUUUUCACAUGUUAAAUAGGAUAUAUCAGGCAUUUAUGAUGUUGACAUGUAAAACGUGGUAUUUUUUCUCCUUUAUAAACUGAUCUGCUUAUUGAAUAAUUAACGCAAAUCAUAAAAAUGACAAUCCACCAAUAUUGUCACUUUGAUUACGAUAUUCCGCCAAUAUCUUUACAUUGGUUAUGGUAAUCUGCCUAUAUUGUUUCCUCGAUUGUAGAAAUCCGCCAAUAUUGUUUCAUUGAUUAUGAUAAUCCGCCAUUAUUGUUUUGUUGAUUUUGGUAAUCCGCCAAUAUUGAUCCGUUGAGUGUGAUGAUCUGCCAAUAUUGCAUGCUUAUAACAUUUAUUGGCGAUUACAACAUAUGAAUAUAUAUACCGCAGUACCUGACAUUCCCAUGUGUUCACAGAGAAUCUCCAGAUAAUACUAGUUUGUUUUUAUUGCACCUUGUAUUAUAGUGAUUUCCAAUGAAGCAUUUUCCAAAUCAUUGAAGGUUCACACGUAAAAUAUUAUAAAUUGUUAGAUUUAUUGAAAUAUUGUGAUUAUAAAGACAUAUGCCUUUCCGUGAUAUUGUUGUAUAAAUCAUGCUGUUGUUGUCUGGGAUAGGAAUAUAAUUAGGUGUAUCCCUGAUUAACCUUGACAUAUAUAAUACGAUGUUGUUAGAUUUGUUUUAUUGAAGGUUGUGUUCUCGACUGAUAUUAGAAAGAAUAAUUAUGUUAUUAGAGUAUGUGUCUUAUCAGGAUUCAUGCUGGGUGAAGGGUAAGGUAAGUAUCUAGAUAUAUAGUCGAUGGAAAUGGGUCGAUAUCUUAUAUUACCAUAUUUAACUGCAUUAUUCACAUUUUUUGUUUAGAAAAGUGUGUCAAGUAUUUAUAUACAGUUUAUACAGAGAGUACGACAAAACACUAUCAUGAAGCUAAUUCAAGAUAUCCAUUUUGUCACUAAUCAGUUGAAAUGAAAGUGUAGGAGGUACAUAUAUAUGUUGUGCUACGUGGCCCCUACUUUCCCAGACAUGUAGGAUUGAGAUUUUAAAAGUGAUAUCCUAAUGCUUCUUGUAGAAUAUAAUUAUCAAACUGGAUGCAUAAUACUCUCAGUCAAAAGGUAAAUCGCCAUGCCACGUUUACGAUAUGUUUUAUCAACCAAUGACACUAGUGAUGUCGGUAAUUGUGUAUUUCUACAGUAGUGAUGGCGUUUAUGUGCAAUAAUGAUGUUUUUGAUAAAAAAAAGUCUGACAUAUCUAAAACAUUAAGUCAGCGAGAUACUAGCCGCAGAAUGCGAAUCAGCUGUUUCGUUUUACCUCUCAAAACUUAUUACGAUAUAUUGUUUUUCCUAAUUUGCAAGUCAUGUUUGGUAGUGAAAAUAAUUUCAUUUUAAUAAUUUACGAUUAUAAUGAAAGCUUAGUGUUGUGAAUGACCAAUAAGUUACAUAUAUCUUUAACCCACAUUAGUAAAAUCGAAGCAGUACCUUUUUAUGCUUAUUUAAUUUUUGUUAUUAAUGCUUUAUCCAAAACAAUUCUCAAAUGAUUUGUUUGUCGUAGUGAUAAGCUAUUUGUGCAAUUUUGUUUACUGUUCAUGCAUUGAUUUAUUUUUCUUUCCGUCCUUCCUUUGCUAUUCUGAUAAAACAUCAAAAUGUAUUUUUAUUUGCUGUUCCCUCCAUAUUGGUGAAAGGUACCAAACCUUACCGAUGAAUUUAGCGCAUUUCCACUACUUCUAAUAUCCUUCAUACAUUCAUGCACAAUGACAGCUCGGGCAUGACGCUGCGUCAGUCAUAUUUAUAAGUAGCUGCGAUGUUGUAGUCGGAUAAGGAAAUGGUGUUGUCUGAACUGGAUCCAAGUACGAAUACUCCUACUAACAAUGUAGUCCGUAUUAUUCUGACAUUUUAUUGACAUUUAUGCCGGUCUGGCGUUGAAAGUCGAUAAAACGUUGGAAUAAUUACGACAACAAUUAAGUUACAGUCUAUACACUUUAAACUUCCCAUGACUCUGUAACUCAUCUAGUAUGCUAUUGCAUAUUGUAAGACAUUUAACUACAAUAUAUGCCUGUUACUACAUCUAACCUCAGCAAUGGAAAAAAAGAUAAAUUGUCCUGCAGGUAGAAAAGUGAAGAUUAAACAUAUCCCGUGGAUACCUGGAGUUCACAUUUUGUCUGGUAUUGAUAAUAUACUCCAGCUAUCGAUUUAGUAGUUAUGAGUUAAUUGUAUAAAGGUGAAUGAUAUUGUCAUUAACGAAAUUGUUUUGAAAAGAAAACCACAUAUGUAACAAGACAGAAGUAUUUGGCAUUUCAAAUAUGGCGAUGGUUUGUUUACAUUCAAUUCCAAUAUGGCAACUUAGCGUUUAGUUUAAUAGAAAUUUUUGAUUGCUUAGUCUUGGUCAAGUUUCUUUCUUUCUGAUACCAUUAAUGUGUUUUUCCCGUUUUGUGUCACUUUCCCAAAAUAUUUUCCAUAUUUCCGCCCUUUUCAGCUCGCAUCACCAUGACUUUCUUUGGAAACUGUUUAUUUCUUGCCUUCACUGUAAAAUGCCAAACACUUGUGUCAAAUGACUAGUGUUAAAGAGGUUGUUACCUUAGUUUUGUGUAACUGUUGUGACUAUCUGGUAUAUACCGGAUCAAUUGUUUAUCACACUAGAUCUUGGUAUGGCAAUUAUGAAACACAAACCUGUCAAUACAACCUUGAAUCUUUUGAAUGUGAAAGAAGAAAAAAUAAAUGAUAUCGUACGUUUUGUUAA